AUGAAAGCGAGGACACCCAUUCCCGAAAGUCGUAAGGACACAGUGUUCGCAUUUGCAGACUUCGUAAUAGUGACGGCUUUCUGGAAACAACACCCAGCAUUUGACUGGAAGCGCAUUAUCUCAUUUCGAUCUUUUUAUACUUCGUUUGUCCGCUUCCAAACUAUCAGUUCUGCAGGCAAUAAAAACACCGAGAGAGGUGGAUGGUCAAUUGCCAGAAUAACCGAGGGAAGCGUCGCCGCUCCGAAACUGUGCUUGAACGUACAACCCUGUGCAAGCGGUGGUUCAGAUUAA